CUAUUCCCACUAUUUAUGAAAGCAAGAUUACCUUGCCAAAAGGCUGCGUGCGCAACCUUUCUUACCCUGUCACCAUCCUGGGGCAUAAACAUUCUUUCGGUGCUCCUGACGAAAAACAAAAGGAAGCCUCUAACAUCUUGAUAACUACGCCAAACAAAGACUGUCUCCGAAAUGAAGCAACAAGUUCUCGCUCGGUGGCUCACAUGAUGCCGUCACGUAAAUGGCCAACCUGUACAAACGACGCUGAGCGAAUGAAGCAAGCGAAGCUGCACGGUUUGUUAUACUCAAUCCCAGCAUUGAACCAUUGUAGUGAGACCAUGGGCGUCAUUCAAAUUGAGCUGAAGCAACAGUGGAAGACUCCCAAGCCUUCAGAUCGCAGUGUUUUCAAAUGGAACGCACUGAUUGAAAGUGUUCGUGAAGUGGCCGCAACUCCGCGAAUCUACGCAAUCGCAUACUCCUUCUACGCGUACAGUAUUGUUUUAGACACGUUCCUUAUAGUUAACGUCGACUAUGCUGUGGACAUCGGAAUUUCCGAAGGAGAUGCUGUGCACGUAGUUGUGCUCUUCUCAGUGACAGACACCCUGUGCCGGUUCCUGAUGCCCUGCCUCACAGACCGCAAGCUGCUCUCAACUGCUGCCCUCAUAGCAGCAUCUAGUCUUGUCGCUUCACUUCUCGCAUGCAGUUUUACCUUUAUCAGGGGAAAAGUAGGCUUCUGGGUUGUGGCGCUCGCACUGGGGCUACCAAUGGGAUACAUCAACGUCGGAAUCUCGGAAAGCGCGUCAACAGUUGCCGGAGAAGAUAACCAGCCCAUGGCUCUUGGUUUCAUGUCUACGGCGGCGGCUGUCGGCUCCUUCACGGCACCUUCGUUAAUAGGCCUAUUCCGGGACACCUGGGGCUCGUACGAUGGUCUUUUCUUUUUCAUGGCAAGCACACUGGUGGUUGAAUCUGCCUUGUUCGCUGGACUUUCAGCAAUCGACUUUCGGAAGUCCAAGCAUUUCAAAAUAUCAUCAUAGAUUUUUAUACAUUUUGGUGAAAGAGAUUUUAUUGACAUUUUCUCGCUUGUGUGUCACUGCACGUUCUGACAUUCUACUAGCUAGCGUCAAAGCCUAUGUGCACGACGCUAUAUGCCUGAUAACUUCGGAGACAUCGAACUGCCAUAUUUCG